UGCUUGUACCCUAUUCAACUAAUUAGGGGUGCUUGCGCGGAGAAGGCCCUUCUUAUAAAUUGUUUAGGGCGUUUUUCGCUCACAGACGCUACUUCCACCUUCCCUGCUAUUACCUAGCGGAUUGGAGCAGUUUGAGAUCGGUUCUUUGAGCUUAUUCACUUCUCUUCUCAGAAAACUGUUGCAAGAUGUCGUCUAAGUUUUUUUACCAGACAGGUGAUGAUGCUAGUGAAGAGGAGGAGAGUGAUAUUGAGGUUGAAGAUGGACCCAUGGAUUCAAUUGAUGCUGCAAAUAAGAGUAAAUAUCUCAGAUCAGAAUCUGAAUCUGACAGUGAUGACAAUAAUGUACACCGGCGUGUCAUAAAAAAGCUGGACAAACGACAUGAAGAGAUGUUGGCCACACUUGACCAAAUGAAGAACGCCAUGAAGAUCAAUGACUGGGUUAGCCUGCAGGAGAGCUUUGAUAAGAUCAACAAGCAGCUUGACAAGGUCAUGCGAACAACAGAUUCAGAAAAGGUGCCUACUGUUUACAUAAAGGCUCUAGUGAUCUUGGAGGACUUUCUUGUCGAAGCCUUCGUGAAUAAAGAAGCCAAGAAGAAGAUGAGUAGUAGUAAUGCUAAAGCCAUGAAUUCUAUGAAACAAAAGCUGAAGAAAAACAAUAAGUUAUAUGAAGAGUCAAUUGAAGCGUAUAGACAGGAUCCACCAAAGAGUGACGAUGAGGCGGUUGAUGAUGAUGAAUCAGAGGAAGAAUCUGAGGAAGACUUCGAAGAGGACCCUACCAAAGCAGAAUCUGAUGAAGAUGAGGAUGAUGAGGAUGAGGAUCAGGACCAGUCAACUGAAACCGGUGCUGGAUGGGAGAAAAUGCUUAGCAAGAAAGAUAAGCUUAUGGAUAAACAGUUCAAGGAUCCCAGCCAAAUCACAUGGGAUAUCGUGAACAAGAAAUUCAGAGAAGUGGUCGCCGCAAGAGGUAGAAAAGGAACUGGAAGAAUCGAACUGGUGGAACAGCUCACCUUCCUGACCAAGGUGGCCAAGACCCCUGCCCAAAAGCUUGAGAUCCUUUUCAGUGUCGUCUCCGCGCAGUUUGAUGUCAACCCAAGUCUAAGUGGGCACAUGCCUAUAAAUGUUUGGAAAGCAUGUGUGCGCAAUAUGCUUACCAUACUCGACAUUCUCAAUCAGUACCCUAAUGUAGUCGUUGAUGACAAAGUGGAGCCUGAUGAGAAUGAGACUAAAAAAGAAGCAGAUCAUAAGGGGACCAUUAGGAUAUGGGGGAACCUGGUAGCCUUUGUGGAAAAGAUAGACGUGGAGUUCUUCAAAAGUCUACAGGUUAUGGAUCCUCAUACACGUGAAUAUGUAGAGAGGCUGAAAGACGAACCGUUGUUUGUUGUUCUUGCACAAAACGUGCAAGAUUACUUGGAAAGGGUUGGAGAUUAUAAAGGUGCAGCUAAAGUGGCUCUAAAACGUGUCGAGCUCAUUUACUAUAAACCACAGGAAGUGUAUGGUGCCAUGAAGAAAUGGGCUGAACAAACAGAGAAUGUUGAGGAAGAAACAGAGUCUGGGGAGGAAUUCAAGAGGGGGCCACCUGCAAUUGUUCCAACUCUCGAAGUUGUUUCAAGGAAACCCACCUUUGAAGAGAACAGUAGGACAUUGAUGGAUAUUCUUGUCUCACUCAUAUAUAAGUGUGGUGAUGAGAGAACUAAAGCCCGUGCUAUGCUAUGUGAUAUUUACCAUCAUGCCAUCCUGGACGAGUUUUCGGUUGCACGUGACCUACUGCUAAUGAGUCACUUGCAGGAUAAUGUGCAACACAUGGACAUUUCUACACAGAUACUUUAUAACAGAGCCAUGGCUCAGCUUGGUCUCUGUGCAUUCAGGGCUGGAUUUAUUGUUGAGGGUCAUAGUUGUCUUUCUGAGCUGUAUUCUGCUGGUAGAGUGAAGGAGUUGCUUGCACAAGGCGUCUCACAGAGUCGAUAUCAUGAAAAGACUCCAGAACAGGAGAGGAUGGAAAGAAGGCGUCAAAUGCCCUAUCACAUGCACAUAAAUCUUGAACUCCUAGAAGCUGUCCAUCUAAUAUGUGCGAUGCUGUUGGAGGUCCCAAACAUGGCAGCCAACAGCCAUGACUCAAAGAGCAGAGUCAUAAGCAAGACAUUCCGGAGACUGCUAGAAGUGAGUGAAAGGCAAACCUUCACUGGCCCCCCUGAGAAUGUCAGGGACCACGUGAUGGCUGCCACAAGGGCUUUGAAGCAAGGUGAUUUCAACAAAGCCUUUGAUGUGAUUAACUCCCUCAAUGUCUGGGGUCUUCUUCGGAACAAACAGAACGUUCUAGAAAUGCUUGGUGCAAAGCUAAAGGAAGAAGCUUUGAGGACGUAUCUCUUCACUUACUCUUCUUCUUACAAUUCUCUCAGUCUUGACCAGCUUGCAAAGAUGUUUGGCCUCUCUGAGUCAAAAACCCACUCCUUAGUGAGCAAACUGAUGAUAUCUGACGAACUCCACGCGAGCUUGGACCAACCUACUCGGUGUGUGGCAUUCCAUGGUGUUGAGCAUACAAGGCUGCAGGCUUUGGCUUUCCAGCUCACAGAGAAACUGGCGGUUCUUGCAGAAAGCAAUGACAGAGCAAUAGAGGUAAAGAUUGGUGGCGGGUUGGACAGUGCUCCAUUUAGCAGACGAAGAGAGAGCCAAGAUUAUGCUGCGGUGGCUGGUGGAGGAGGUGGGAAGUGGCAGGACUUCUCUUCGCAAGGAAGGCAAGGUGGUGGCAGAACAGGAGGAUAUAAUAGAGGUAUAGGAGGAGGAUAUGGAUAUGGUAGUGGUGGGGGGUUCUCAAGGGAUAACAGGUCCAACCAGGCAAGAGGAUCUAGUGGUGGUGGAUAUUCGGUUGGGAAUCAAGGGUCACGAUACCAGGCUGGUGGCUCCUCAGUCAGGAGAAGCCAAGGUGAUACGUCUGCUCGAAUGGUUAGUCUUAACAGGGGAACACGAGCUUAGAUGACACUGAAGCCGGCCUACAUUAUCUCUUAAUUGUUUGUGCCUUGCUCGAGUUUUGGUUAUUAUAAGUUUUUGUUCUCAUAGUUUAUUUUGCUGUUGAAGAAUCAGACCUUUUGCUCUUAUUUCAAGCAAGUAUAACUGGCAAGAAUGAUGGAUGCAAUAACUCGUUUCCCCCCCCUGAAUAGUAGUCUUUUUUAGCUGUUUACUUUAUUUGAUGGAAAUGUGAGCUGAAGUAGAAUCAAUAUCUGUAAAUGCUCAUGGGCAGAAGUCGGUUAAGUAAGUCGCUAUAUAUGAAAAUGACGAUUAAUAAACAGGUGAUGUUGGAACGUAUGUAACCUACUUUACCAAUCAUGGAUAUAAUAUAACGGAACAUAUGUUUGUACAACAUUUUAA